CCAGAAAGUAAAGCGCAACGACAAUGUCAGGAGAGAGUUGGUUAUUUAUCUUCGCCGUGAUUGUAAAUGCGGUGAACUUGUUCUCGCAGGUGUUCUUCACCAUCAUGUACUCGGACUUGGAAAGUGACUACAUCAACCCAAUCGAGUUAUGCCACAAAUUGAACCCUUGGUUUAUUCCUGAGGCUGCCGUGCAUGGUGUCUUGACCAUGCUUUUCAUAGGCAACGGCUUUUGGUUUGUGUUCUUGUUGAACUUGCCUAUGUUGGCCUACAACGUCAACAAGUUUGCCAAGAAAAACCACUUGUUGGACGCCACGGAGAUUUUCAGGACGUUGUCCAAGCACAAGAAAGAGAGUUUUGUCAAGUUGGGCUUCCAUUUGUUGAUGUUCUUCUUCUACUUGUAUAGAAUGAUCAUGGCUUUGGUGGGCGACGAGUAAACCAUGCCACGCGCCCUCCGUGCUUGUCUUGUGCUGGAUUAUCUUGCUCUUGGAAUGAGCCACAAGUUCUGUCACGGAUUGUUUGUGCUCUUCGCUUUAGCUAGGUGUGCAUACCCUCUAAUCACUAGUUCUGCACCAGGCACCUGAAUGUAGGAGGAGCACUGGGUUUUCGGCGCCAUUUCAGGUAAAUCACAUUCAUGGGUCAGGACGCUGUGCUUUCAUGUUAACAGAGUAUGGCCCUAUUGCCAAUGUGCCUGGAGCGUUUAUAUAGUCCGAAUAAACAGUUCUCGUGGAGACCAACUGAAAGGAAGGGUCAGAAACGCUUGUAAGUAAUAUUAGACAGUUGGAGUAUCCUAAUGUUCCUGGCUGCUUGCAGAACUGCAGGCUAGCAGAAUCUGGAGCGGCAUGGCCGGCCCGUAUAUGCUGCUUGUGAUUUCUGGUAGUUUGUAGCGGAACUGUAGUGACACGAACUGUGGCUACUGCAAGUCUAAUAUGCUGG